GCAAGUGUUAUUCAGGAAGAAGAGCAUGGCUGAUGAGAGCAAUAUUAGUGUUGAGGACAAUCCAGCCGAGGAGAUUAAUACUACUCGAGAAAGCUGGGAAUCGGAGUUUGAAGAUUUUCAUAUACCAGAGAUGACAGUUGCAGAGGGAACUUUGUAUGUCACUAUUACUUCCAAGCUCCUUGUUUCUGAAGUCAUGAAAAAGCUUAGAGGGUCAGAUCCUAUAUAUGAAGUUCGGCGUAUUGGUCGUGGUCAUGUGGCCAGUGCGGUAGUUCAUAUUUCCAAGAGUACAAGCUCUCUUGAGCUGGAUACCAUUAGAGUAGAUGGUGAUAUGGAUACUGAGAUUUCAAAUGCCGAGGAAAAAGUUGCUGCAUCACUUUUAGCCCACCUGAAAAAAGAAAGAAAGGUCGUUGUAGUGGAUGAUAACUAUAUGGAGUGUGCUUAUUACAGAAAGGAUUGUAGGAAGCUAAGACGUUUUAUAUCUAAGGUAGUUGAAAAGCGUGAUUCUGCAAUGCAUGCAUGCUCUGCUUUCAAGAGGGGCUGGCAGAUUACCUUGGAUUAUAUGACCUCCACUGAGGAUACAUGCAAUCAAAUUUGUAAUAGCUAUUUUGGUCUAAACAAUGGCAAUAAUGUAUCUGGUACUGCAGCUUCCAUACUGCUUGAUGUGUUUCACCUUGGUGAGUGGAUUGGUGAAACAGCAUUUGCAGGAACUGCAGACUUGCAAGACACAACUGAGCGAAUGUUGUAGAAUGCAGGGAUGUUGUUCUUAUCCAUUGUUGAAACCAAGGGUUGCAUCUUUUCAUUGGUGUAUGAAAUGUAGGUGUUUGUGCAAUCUAAAUUGCUUUGGUGUUAGUCUCAUGCAUGUCUAGUGGGAUGUGAGUAUGUGAUUAUCGUCUAUGUUGCUCCAGUAAUGUACCUUAAUCAAUGUUUAGUAAGGAU